AUGAUAAUUAUAACCUGGAAUUGUCAUGGUGCAGCAUCAUCUACUUUUCGCAACGCUUUUCAGGAAUACAAGAGACUAUAUCAUCCUAACAUCUUUUGUUUAGUGGAACCUCGUAUUUCUGGAGAAGCGGCUGAUGAAGUUUGUGGUUUGUUGGGGUAUGAAAAUUGGAUCCGUGUUGAGGCAGUCGGAUUUAGUGGUGGUAUUUGGUUGCUUUGGUCAGAAGAUGGUUUUCGAAUUGAAUUAGUUGUUACCGAUCCUCAAUUCAUUACGGUAGCAAUUAAUUUUUCUACUGGAGAGAAAUGGUUGUUUAGUGUAGUUUAUGCAAGCCCUGAUAUUUAUUUAAGGAGGAAGCUUUGGCAAUCUCUUUCUAGAGAAAAUAGUCUAUCCAUUUCUAAAUGGAUUGUCGCGGGUGAUUUUAAUUCUGUAGUGGACUCAUCUGAACAAAGUGGAUAUUCUUCUUCUAAUCCUCCAGGAGCUCAGGAUUUUUCAGACUGGAUUUUCAAGCACUCUCUUAUUGAUCUGGGGUUUGUUGGGAGUGGUUUCACAUGGCAGAGAAGUGGCGAAAAUGUCCCCUAUCAAGCUGCUCGGUUAGAUCGAUGUUUUGUAUCUACUGAUUGGAGACUGGAAUAUGUUGAUGCUAUUGUUGAACAUCCACCUAAAUUGCAUUCAGAUCAUGUCCCAAUAGUGAUUAAAUGUCAAGGGGUUCUAGCUUUUGGAGUUCGUCCUUUUCGGUUUUUAACAGCUUGGACACUACAUGCUCAGUUUGAUCAAGUAGUUGCAUGCUCUUGGGAUCCAAAUCGUUCCCUAAUUCAUAAUCUGAGCACAUUAAAAAUUCAGCUUGGAGAGUGGAAUAGGACUCAGUUCGGUAAUAUCUUUGCUAACAAGAGAAGGCUUUUACGCAGGUUAGGUGGUGUUCAGAGAGAUCUUGCUGAAAGCCGGACAAGGAGCCUUGUAAAGCUUGAAUUUAAAUUGAAACGCAGAUUGGAAGAGAUUCUACGCCAAGAGGAGAUGUACUGGUUUCAGAAAUCAAAAGAGGAAUGGAUAGCGAACGGCGAACGGAAUACUCAUUUCUAUCAUCUAGCAGCUACUAUCAAACGGAAAAAUUCUGUAUUUCUGCUUUAA